AUGGCGACCAAGCCAUCGCAACCGUUGUCACAAGAAGCAGCCUUGGAGCGCUUUAGCUCGUCGUCGUUCUUCAUCCUCACCGGCUUGACACCAGGCAGCGAGUUUGGCAUCGAUGGCAAGAUAUGGCAGGUCAAUCAGUUCUCAGUGAGUCCGGCUUUAUCUCAUUUCUUGAGCCACAAAUAUGCCGGAUCACCGUCGGUGAAGGAACAGGAGCUCACUCUAUGACGCCCCACUUUAAACUUCAUUUUCACAGGGUGUCAAAUUCCUCCCACCAGGACUUCACUUCUUCGCGUUCUCUUCAGCUCCUUCAGCUCCUUCAUUACCUACACCCGACACCGAUCCCAACUCAACUCACGCCAUGCCCUCCGGAGAUCCGACCAACGGCCUUGGCCUUCGUUCAGGUCUGCUGAGGUUUUAUCAUCCGGACCGAACGCCCGAAACGAUUGUCAAGGAAUGGGAUCACCGAGCGAGCGCACUCAAGCCCACCUCGACCACUGUUUCCCAUCCUGUACGACGGCGAACGAUCACCUCAGCCGGUGCACCGCCGAGUCCGACGAUCGUUUCGGACGAGUACCUGAAAACUCUGGAUCGGGAAUUGGCGCCUUUCGAGGAUGGGUGGCUCGAGCAAUGGUCCAGAUUGAUCGAUUGCAUCACAGAACAGACGCUGGCAAGGGUUAUUGGGCUCGAUGAGCAAGGCUGUGCGAUCGUCGAUGCGACUACGCCUUCGAAUAUGGACGAGAAGGAAUUGCACGCCGCCGAAGCGAAGCUUGGGAAACGACAGUGGGGAAAGCAGAGGCAAGAGACCGAGCAAGACGUCGCAACGACCGAAUCACAAGAUGGCGAAGAGAGGUUGAUGUUUGUCGAGUUUGACCUCAAAAAGAGCUGGCCCGAGGGUGCUCAAGGUCACGAGCUGAGCAUCUGGAGUCGCGACAAGAGCUGGGCGAUGAACGAGGCCGUACAGAAGCACCUAGAAGGAGGUGGGGCCUUCAUCAUUCGAUUGGACAUUCCAAUACAAGUCAUUUACUAAUGAGAUCACACCUCAACAACCAUAGACUUCAAAUCCCUGCUUGGCGAAGUACAACUCAGCUUCAUCCUCUUUACGCAACUGCACAACUUUUCCUCCUUGCCCAUCUACACCUCCCUUCUCCAACUCAUCAGUCAAUCCUCCUCCAUAUACUCCCCCGACCACGCUUCUUCUUCCUCUUCUCUCCCGAUGCUAGCAUCCUACCUCUCGAUCCUGCGCCAUCAACUCCUCUCCCUCGACGAUGACUUCUUCUCCCUCCACCUCCCCUCCCUCUCAACAACACUGACCAAAUCUUUGCACGUUCUCCAAAAGAACCUCUCAGACGUUUCGCAAACAUGGUUACGAGAGAUGGGGACGAACGCUUUCGUCGUUUGGCAAGAGGUCGUCAAUAGAUGGGAUCGGUUGACCGCGGAUGUGAUGGAACGUUUUGGAUGGGAGGUCGCGGCUAUCCGAGGGAGCAAACUGAUGGGAAAGAACUUGGUCGAAGAAAGCGUUGGUCGCGUUCCGAGAGGGAUGGAAAACGCCCAGCUCGGGUGGGACGAUGAUGACGAGUUGGAAGAAGGAGAAGAUGUACCCAUCGUUGUGGAGUUGGAUGAAUAUGAUACACUCUGA